CGCCUCGUCAUUAGCAUAGUCCGAGGGGUCGGGCUUAGCGCUGUGCGCGAAGCUGGGCUGCUGCUGCUGCUGCUGUCGUUGUAAAGCGGCGACGCUCAGUUGCGUGUUUGCCCCCCACCCGAACGACCAUAUUUUCUCUCUAUCUUCGAAAUUUAUUUUUUAUUAUCUCCACACACCACACACAUACAGUCUCUACACAUCAUCAUUACACAAAUCCACAUCUCUUCUACAUCUUCCUAUAAUUAUCCACCAACUACUACUUAAAAAAAUCUACAUCUACACCCACCGUACACUAUGCUUAAUGCCUUUGAUGCGAACGAUUUUGGGCCCACUAUGGGCCAACUUGGAGCCGCUGCUGCCGCUGCCGCAGCGGCUGCUCAGCAACGGCAUCCGACCGUCUGUUCACCGACUACAGCAGCGUCGCGAACUGUUCCUAUGUCUAUAGAACAGCAGCUGCAGCUAAUGAAUUCCAUCAAUACCAUGGUGAAGAAUGGCCAAUUUACCAGCCAACUGGCGAAUGUGAUAUUUGCACUCUGUGCGCAGUUGAAAACGUCCGGCAUAAAUUUGGAGCAAACACAUCGAAACGAGCUCAACAAAGUGUUCGUUUCUCUUCGUCAGGCAUGUUGUCGAGACAAUGGACAAUUGGGAACGCCGUGCAGACUGAAAAUUAUGGAACUGGUCGAACUACGUGCCAUGCAUUGGAGGAGCAAUUUGGCACAUAGUCAGUACUACCUCAACCGUCCGGAGCAGCAACAAGAACCAGUGAUGCCCGCACAACAGAUGGCCUUCCUUCCACAGAAUCCCUUGUUCAUUCCGCCUGACACACCACCAGCAACCCAUCCAAAUGCCGGAUUUUAUCUGAUACCGGCUUCUGGCGGUUGGAUGCCUCCAAUGAUUCCCGGAAUGCCACCGAAUCCAUUCAUACCACAACCGCUAAUCAAUCCUGAAGCGGUUCUAAUGCGGCAGAGAAGUUUAAAAAAGCCGAAUCAGCCCAAAUCACUACAGUUGCGGCAUGAGAUGAUCAUUCGAAACAGCGAUUCUGGGAAAAUUAUGGGAGUGAAAGGGAGGAGAGUGGCUCUGGUGGAGCAGAUGACCAAUACCAUCAUUAGCUUCCAAAAGGUGGAUUCUAAAUGCAAAGAAAGAACUCUAACAAUAACAGCUUCUUCUAUGGAAGAUAUUGAAAGGGCAAAGGAUUUAAUCAUUGAAACAAUCAAGAGGAAUAUGAGUCCAACAAGGCCCGAUGCAGCAGCACAUGAGGUACCCGACGACGAUGAUGAGAAUGAAAACGACAUUUCGAUUGAGACCACGCAGGACGGCAUGCUAAAGCUAUGCUGCUCGGAUCCACAAGUUCUGCAGGCAGCUCAAGAAGCGCUAUCCGAAUAUCUACGAGCUCGAGCAAAACCUUCAGCUGAGGAACGUGAAAAACGUAAGGAGCGCAGAAAGAGUAUGCCACUUCAGGCAAGCCAUCCCGAGCAAACAUCUAAGCCAACGCGUUCUUUCCAUGGAUCGACACCAAAUCUAGCUGAAGCCGGCGUAGAAGCAGUUCAGAAAAAGACCUCGACUAACACUGGAAACAGCACGACGCGUUAUGAUCGCGAGUCGUUGCUGAACAUGCGUUCGACAGCUGGCAAUGUGAACGUUGACGAGAUUCGCGCCCGUGUUACAGCGGUUGCAGCGGAGAUUCUACGUUGAAAAGACCAUUAAAAAUCACAUCACCACGGAGUUUUGAUCAUAAAUUUAAUCUGUGCGCUUGUUUUUAUACUAGACUAUAGCACGCUUUUCUGUUAUUCUAGGCACUCGGUACGAUUUGCGGCAAACACGCACAAAUCUAUGCCUCUGACAGUGUUACUUUCAAAUUUUACAUGCAAAAAUAAAGCAAAAAAAAAUCACACAAAAAAUUCAUCUAAAAACUCAACGCUCACAGUUUAUCGCCGGUAUAUUAUUUACUUCCACGUCAAGUGUUCUGCUUUAUUUCUCUAAUAAUAUCAGGUACAUUAUUACCGGAUGUUCAUGCCUUCUAAUAAGUUAUAGUUUGCUUGUUCUUCGGAAGGUCUGACCAAUGCUUGAUUAUUAUUAUUAUCGUUUUAUUCUUAUUGUACAUUGUUCGUGAUAUGAAUGAGCUCUAUAAAA